GAAAAAUUAAAUAUCUUCCUUAAAAUCUAUAAAUUACAUAAUUUUGAUAGCACUAGAAUUUUAUGGAUACAUGAAUUAAUUCAAAUUAUGUGUGUACAAAAAUGAAGAAUGAAAUCUCAGAUGAUAGACUAACUAAUCUGUCUAUUAUUUUCAUAGAUAUGUCUAAGAUAUACUUCCAAAUCUGUUCAGUUUUUUUUUUGGUUGAAUAUAAAAUAAAAUAUGUUUCAUACAAUAAAGUUACUGCAAAAAAUAGAUUAUAAAUACUAUAUGUUGAAUUGUUUUAAUCCCUAAAAAUGAAUCAUUUCAUAAUUGUUUUGUUAGUUACUACUAUGUAUUUUGGGCUAUAUGAAGCUUGCAAAACAAAUCAUGUAGUAAUUCAUAACGAACUAGGUCUUGGUAUUGUUCUCAACAUUGCCUGUCGAAAAGAUAGCAUAGAGCGCCCACCUAUAUGGUUUCAUAAGCUAAAUUUUAAGGAUCCUUUUCUUAUCAUUAAGUUCGUGGAUAAGGUACCUCAUCGUACAAAAUUGUAUUGUAUGCUUAGUUACGGGACUAAACCAACGUAUUGGUAUGAUAUUGAAGUAUAUCAUCAAGGCUCUUACCCUAGAUGCGGUCAACUACGCUCAUGGAUUGCUAAAGAGGAUGGAAUUUGGUUUACAAGAAGAUAUCAUAGCCCGCCAGGACAUGUUCUCAAUUGGAAAAUCAAGUAACAAUUAUGUAUGUGGUUUUUGUUUUUUGUUUUGUGUCAUAUGUAUUAUGCUGUCAAAGUGAAUUAAGUCAUCGAUCUGAUUUGCAAAUGUUGAAAUAAAAUAUGUGGUUCGAUACACACAUCCGCUUUUCUCCUUCUCAAUUUUAAUCUUUAUCCGAAAUAUUCAAAUUCUUUGGAUUUUGUGAUGCAUUAUUUGUAAAACAGUUUUUGGUGAAUAUAACUUUACAUUUAUACAAAAAGAAAAGAAAUAAAAUAUGAGUUCAUUUGAUGUCUAUGUAUAAAAACU